UUUUUUUUUUCUCUUUUCCCCUUGUUUCACUCAACUUACUUUGUAUAAUAUUAAAAAAGAAAAAAUGAAAGUUUAUACGAUAGCUGCCAUUCUUUCAUUAGCUUCUACUGUCAUGGCUUUUGAAUCAACCGUCCCUUGUCUCAUGUGGUCACCUAAAAAUUAUAUUGACAUUUCGCCACAGACAACUAAACAGUUCGUAAUUGCAAAGUCAGACGCUUCUGAUGUUAUCUUAUCAUCCUUAUCUUCAGAUGUUUGCUCAGCUAAAGUAAUUGCUUUAAUUAAUCAGCCCGAGAUUCAUAGUAAUGACUUUUUAUAUUCUGGAUAUGAAGGCGCUUUUAGUCAUUUAGAGGAGCAAAUAAGUGAAGCAAAUACUCAUUCACAAAUUGAAUAUAUUACUGAAGGCGUUCAUAUUGACCAACUUGCAAAAUCAAUUGCUACUCGUUGUAAUACGGCUGUAUCUAUCUUGGAUCCUUAUACCGUUUCUACUGAAGAUUUUGUUAAUCAGAUUAAACCCAUUGUCGCUGUUCUUCCUCUUCCUUCUGCUGACAAUAAUGUAAACACUCUUAGGACAAAUGAUGCUUUAUUGGAUCAAUUUAUAAAUAUCAUAAAGUUAAAAGCUCAAGAUAACUAUGCGGUUAUUUAUACUUCUAGUUCUGCCAAGCAAUCUCAUGAAAAGAUCAAGUUAAGUCGUCGCGAUAUUCCUACUACAGAUAACAAUUUACCUAUUUUUGAGAAAUAUCAAUUAUUUACACCUGGAGUUUUUAUGGUCCUUGGUGUCGUUUUUCUUUUCUUAUUUAUUGCUGGUACAGGUAUUAGUUGGUUAGUUGGCAUUCAAACUCCUGUUCGUUUUGAAGGAAAACCAAAGAAGAAUUAAAAUAUAUAUUCCCCCUUUAUGAGAUAAUAAAUGACAUAUGAUAUAAAUAAAUAGCUAUAUAUAUAUAUAUAUCAUUGUAUGUAAAAUCGUGUAUAUUUAUGUAUAUAUAUAUAUAUAUACAUGCAUAU